CUACAUAAACCUCGCCAAUUCAUGCCUGGCCAAGAAGAGGCAAAAUUGGGUCUUUGACAUUUUCCAAAAUAAAACGCAGAGGUUCAGUGUGAUAACGGCAAAGAAAUGCUAGCAGCUAUACUGUCACCAUCAUCGGCUACGCGAGUUUUCACCCCAAGUACUCUACAUAAACCUCGCCAAUUCAUGCCUGGCCAAGAAGAGGCAAAAUUGGGUCUUUGACAUUUUCCAAUAUAAAACGCAGAGGUUCAGUGUGAUAACGGCAAGGAAAUGCUAGCAGCUAUACUGUCACCAUCAUCGGCUACGCGAGUUUUCACCCCAACUACUCUACAUAAACCUCGCCAAUUCAUGCCUGGCCAAGAAGAGGCAAAAUUGGGUCUUUGACAUUUUCCAAUAUAAAACGCAGAGGUUCAGUGUGAUAACGGCAAAGAAAUGCUAGCAGCUAUACUGUCACCAUCAUCGGCUACGCGAGUUUUCACCCCAACUACUCUACAUAAACCUCCCACCACUUUCUCUUUUCUGCGACCAUUUUCUCUUCCUCUCUCCGCUUCCCGGUUUCAAGUUCGUGCAAUGGCUGACUCUGCCUCUGCCCCCUUCAAAAAAAUCGCAAUCCAUAGAGACGAUACUACUUUUGACGCGUACGUGGUGGGCAAAGAAGAUGCUCCUGGGAUUGUUGUGCUUCAAGAGUGGUGGGGUGUGGAUUUUGAGAUCAAGAAACAUGCUGUGAAAAUAUCCCAACUGGACCCUGGGUUUAAGGCGCUUAUCCCUGAUUUAUAUCGAGGAAAGGUAGGCUUGGAUGUUGCUGAAGCUCAACAUUUGAUGGAAGGCCUUGAUUGGCAAGGCGCAGUUAAGGAUAUCCGUGCUUCUGUUAAUUGGCUCAAGGCUAAUGGUUCAAAGAAGGUAGGAGUAACUGGAUUUUGCAUGGGAGGUGCUCUUUCAAUUGCAAGUUCUGUCUUGGUUCCAGAGGUUGAUGCAGUUGUCGCAUUUUAUGGUGUUCCUACAUCAGAGCUUGCAGACCCUGCCCAGGCUAAGGCACCUGUUCAGGGUCACUUUGGAGAGCUCGAUAACUUUGUUGGUUUUUCAGAUGUGACGGCAGCCAAGGCUUUAGAGGAAAAGCUGAAAGCAUCAGGAAUUCCUUAUGAGGUACACAUUUAUCCAGGCAAUGCACAUGCUUUUAUGAACAGGUCUGAUGAAGGCGUUAAGAGGAGGAAGAGCAUGGGAAUGCCUGAUGAAGAUGAAGCUGCUGUUGAGCUGGCAUGGUCUCGCUUCAAAACCUGGAUGACUCGCUACUUAUCUGCAUAAAUGACUGGUUCAUGUGAAUAUUAAUGUCUUGUCUGCUGGCUUUCCGCUUUUCCAGCUUGGGUAGUGGCAUGUUGGAGGGCAUUACUAUUUUACCGUGUUUGCAUGCAACCUUGAGGACUUGUAUUUUCCUGAAAUGAGCUAGUUUGCUUGUGGUACCUGGCUAUCUUGUUUUAUUCAUGUGGGCUUCUGCAUUGCCAUGUGACUGGUUUGAUGUAUACAAUCUGUGAUUUCUUUGCA